CAUCCGGUUCCAGGGCCAAUGAGAAAAGCGGAAGUUUAGUGUGUUGUUCCGGCAAGUGACAGAAUCCCUCAGCUUGCUUCGCCUCCAAUCAUGGAGCAAUUCUGGCAGCUGUGAGCAAUAGUGGACGAUACCGAUCAAACCAUCAUAUAUUCCCCGCGGGCCUGCGCUCCCUCUGCCGAUCCCGUCCUCCGGCCUCUGCUAAUCUGCAUGGAGCGGCGGCCGUCGCGCUGGAUUUAUCAGGCGCGCGCGUGUUUUUCUGUGCUCGUGUGCUAAGGAUGGUCAACGCACCGUAAUGAGCCCGACAAUUCGCGCUGAAACUACCCAGGAAGGUCAAGGCGUUGUGAACGGGCCGAAGGGUGUCAGGCCGACCGAAGCAGCGAGGCACCCGCAAAGCCUUCAGGCACAAAGUCGAACUCAAGAGUCCCGCAGAUUGAGGAAAAUCUCCGUCCACCAGAGCUGAGCGGAGCUAGGCUGCUGCUGGGUCAACUCGCCGUCUGAGGCACAUCUUCACUUCUCAUGAUGAGUACAGUCAGAGGUGGAGGGGUUUCAUGGAGACCACAGCCAUGGAAGGAUGCAGACAGAGGUGGUGGAGAGCCUCUGUCAGAUAGCGACUCUGAGGAAGAAGAUUUUCCUGAUGACUACUCCACUCCCUUGGGGGAAUAUGUAACUCAGGGGUUGAAGCAGCUGCUUGAUGCUCAGCAGUUGUGUGAUGUCACUCUUUUGGUGGAGGGAAAAAAGUUCAUGUGUCACAGAGUUCUUUUAGCAGCAGUCAGUCCAUAUUUCCGUGCCAUGUUUACCAGUCCUCUGGUGGAGUCCCGUCUUACUGAGAUCCGACUGGAGGAGGUGACGCCCUACGUUAUGGAGACCGUUAUCCACUUUGUUUAUACAGGGGAAGCUGGUCUUUGUCUCGACACAGCGGAGGAUUUGUUUGUUGCAGCCCAUCGUCUUCAAGUGAUGCCCUUGCAGGACCUGUGCUCUCGAUUUCUUUUCGAACACCUGUCUGUGGAGAACUGCCUGGGUAUGUACUCUCUGGCUCGUUCCCAUCAUGACCAGCUGCUUCUUCGGGCUUCUUUGAGGCUGGUGGGCCAGCAUUUCCCUCGAGUAGCCCGGCAGCAAGACUUCCUCCUUUUGGACCCAGGAACUCUUGGCAGUUUGUUGGAGUCGGAUAGACUGGGUGUCGAGUCUGAGACUGAAGUUUAUGAUGCAGCAAGACGCUGGGCUGAAUUCCAGCCUGCUGAUCGCUACAUUCACAUGCCCAAUCUGCUACGCCAUUUACGCCCUGGUCUUCUGGGUCCCGAUGAGAAUCACAGAAUGAACAAGGAGCUCGGGCCUCGAGCUAGUACCGAAGGCAUGGGAGGACCGCUGAAACCUCGAGAAGGCAUGUUUGAGAAGAAAAUAGUCUGUGUAGAUCUCAAGCCGAGAGAGGACGAGUCUUUACAAGAGAGGGACUUCACGGUGGAUUGCUUUGACCCUCGUACUGGAAAAUGGGAGAAGCUGGCAGCCUUGGGAUCAUUGCUUUGCCCCGGCUGCACAGCAGUCGGAGGUCGAUUAUUUGUGGCUGGAGGUAUCCUGAGGAGUGGCCAGGUUUCAUCGUCACUGCAUGAGUAUGACGUUGUACUCAACCGCUGGAUUUCAAGACCACUUAUGGCUGAACCACGAGCGAUGUUGGGUCUUCUUGGCUGCGGUGGGUUUUUGUACGCUCUCGGUGGCUGCAACCGAACCGCUUUUCUGGAUACGUGCGAAAAAUUUGACCUAAAUGCACUGACCUGGGCAUCAGGACCUCGUUUGCCAUUGCCAUUGCGCUCUUUUGCCUGCGCUGCCCUUCGAUGUCGCCUCUACUUGCUUGGUGGUACCACAUUAGAGCAGAGCAGGGCUGUGGUGCAUGCUGGCGUGCUUAUUUACCACACUGUUACAAGGACCUGGAGCCGUGUUGCCCUCGACUCUGGCGCCACCUGCCUGGCAGGAGGAGUAGCAGUGCGCGGUGGCGUUUGUGCCAUAGGAGGUUACUUGCGUGACGCCGCUAAGUUCCUUGACGGCAACUACACCCAGGCAGAACCACUGGAUGCCACAGGACGUGUGCUGUUCUUCAGAGAGGGCCGAGGAUCGGGAGUAGAGCGAGAGGUUGCGGUCGGUGUAGAGCGAGGCGGUGGCGGAAGCGAUCGUGCACCAAGUCCUGUGGUUUUCCCAGGCCUACCGAGGCGCAUUGCGGCCGGAGGUGUGGCUAGAUGGAAACGCAGGAUUUACGUUUUGGGAGGUGAGAACGGAUCAAGAUUUUACGACAGUGUGUACUGCUGGAAGCCUGGCUGGCGAAGCUGGGUCCAGAGACGGGAGAAACUGCCCGGUGAUACCGGAGGAGUUAGCCAAUUUGGAUGUACCACCCUGAAGUUCCCCAAAAAACACAUUUUAACACGUCUUCGUGCUGCUCAGCAGAAACGAGGCAAGGAGAAACGGCCGACCAGGUCAUGCAGAGUCCUGCGGUACGACCGGGCGAGUCAGGAAGUGUGAUUUUGUUUUUUCAAAAAGACAUGUAGGCAUUUCGGACUCGUUAAUGCACCUACUUCUACAUCCUUUACUCUUGGUUGAUGUCUAGAUGUUUUGAAAGUCAUGAUUUCAUUUCUGCAAGCUGAACGCAAUUUUUGUUUACUAAGUAUUGAUAGAAGACGUGCAUACGAUUUCUUUUUUGUAAGUUCUUCAUUGAUGCCCAGUUAAGAUUUCGGAUACGGUGUCAUCUUGAAGAAUAAUAAAAUGUUUGAAUCACAGCAAGAAAACAGGUUGUAAACAAGUUUGAAGAGUACAGUCACUGAAGUUUUGAAACUUUUUUUAUUUGCUUAAUUCCUGUGAAGCUGAAUUUAUCUUUACUGACAUUAAUUGCUACCCUAAGAUCAGUUGUUUCUACUGUGAAGUCAUCGAUUAAAUAUGAGAUCUCGAAGUAGAAUCGCUUACAUUUUUUAUUGACUACAGUGGUGAUAAAUGACACAUAUCAAAGCCAUGUUAAGCAACAUCAGAUGAUUAAGCCAGGUCUCUGACAUUAGAGAUGCCAAAAUUUGCAUUUAAUGCUGGAUGGAAAAACAUUUCCAUAAUCUGCUAAUUUAAAUGUUGGAUGAUUUUUCUUUUAGAUCAAGUUGUUUCACAUGCAUCCCUCAAAAUAAUUUACUUGAAGUAAAAAAAAAACAUUGUUCUGGAAAUUCAGAAAUUUUACCUUUUACAGAAUUCAUUUUAAUUGAAGUGCAUUGUUACUUCUGUGCACUUUAAACUAAAUGUAAAUUAUUAUAAAUAAAAAAAGAAGCGAGUUUUCCCAUUUGCUACAAUGGCCAUGUACACACUAAACUAACGUUUCAGGAUUGACAACCGCAUUUAAAUUCAUUGAAUUCCUUAAAUAUCAUAACGUUUUUAUUGAACAAGACUUGAACCCAAAACUGUGAUAACUGACACACAAUGGUAAUCAAACAUCUUGCAUCCACUGUUUUUGUUAAUGUUACAGCAGCCAAAUAUGUCCAUUUGAACUAAACCACCAUCAAAAGAAAGUCCCGGGGCUAUUGUUUUUUCAGUCAGGCUACCAAAAUUUAUCAACAGCGUGCCUGGCAGGCUAUCUAGAUAGAGAUUAGUAUCCUGAACAAUAAAACAGUUAAAAAACAAUAGCCCCAGGACUUCGGGCUACCAGAUUUUGCGAGUCCUGGUUCGAGGAUAAUAAUAUCACCUCUUAAAGUUUCCAGAAGUUUUGAAGUGUUUGCAAAAGAACCAAGUUGUAUUCCUCAAGGAACGCUGAAUCAAAUGAAUUGUUUUUUUACGGAUGUAAAAGCUUCUUCAUGGAACCUUUACCAAUAAAGAAAUGCCUUUUAAAUAGUGUAAAUGAUUCUUAAGUGACUCUGUUUUGGAGUAAUUUAAUUUUCAGUGACAUUUUAAGUUUAUUAUUAUACUUUUCUGAAGAUCUGGCAACAUUAAUGAGCUUAGACAUGCAUCAUCCAACGUGAUUUCGCAUUGAAUUAUCGCGCCAUCGACAACUAGUUCUAGUUGUUUAGUUAGUUUUGUAGAAUUUUUCAAUUUUCAGUUUAUUUUGUAGAACGAUUUAAUGACUAAAAUAUAACCUGGCAACCGAAUUUCCCAGCGACGUGUACGUGAGCUAUUUGCAACAUUUUGUUUUGUCCUCUUCAGGAUAUGAUGUGAAAACAGUUUGAUCCCUAAUUUAUUAUUGCGUUAUUCUGUUUUUGACACAUACAGAUUCAUCCGCGACGGAAAGACAGUUGCUAAUAAAUAACAACAACAUCAAUGCGCUAUUAAAAUAUACUCUGUUGCUAACUCUGCUGUAUCUCAAAUGAUAUUAACAAGUUGAAAUGUAAUUCUGAAAUGCAUUUACUAUACCUGUCCUUUUUUAUUAAGAUGAAUGAUAUUCAAGACACAAAACUUUCGGACUGAGGUUUCUGUCUUUGAUUCUUACAUGCUAACAUCGAACAAUAACGCAGUCUUAACAUUAACACUGUCCAUGUGUUGAUUCUUCAGUAUCUCGUGUGAUUUAUUUCUUUCAUAGGAGGAUUGCGUUAAUCAUCAGAUAGUGAUUGAUCAUUUUCUGCACAUGGUUGUAACGCACUGUUCAGCUUGCCCUCAAUGCCGUGGAUCAGUAUGCCUAUAUGUAACGCUUUAAUGGCAUCUUUUUUGGGUUUAGCUGCUCAUCAUCUCAUCAGAAAAUGUUUUAAAUCUAGAAUUGCAAUAGAAACCAAAUGACUGCUCUUUGUCUGACUUCAUUUUCUGUUCUUUUUAAAAGUUAUUGUAACUUCGUCUUACAGUAACAUUGCUUUCUCAGAGACAAAGGGGACUCUGUAUUUUCAUCUGAUGUCAAGCAGGUCUGUUUGUUUUUAAAGACCUAAAGUUGUCAAAUAUUGAACGUCGUUUGAAUGGAAAAUUCUGUGCUCUGGUUUGCAUUAAAAUAAACUGAUCGCAAGUA